AUGUCGAAGUCCAAACAAGAAGAAGCCCUCGCCAUCCUCGAUGACCUCGACUCCCUAUCCCCCGCCGCCCCGCCCCCUUCCAUCCCUUCAGGGGCCACACCCACCUCCAACCCCAACGAAGCCGCCGACGUCCUCGCCUUCCUCGACGAAAUCACCCAAAAAUCAUCCGAACCCACCCGUCCGACCGUCACACACUCAGCCCAUGCCAUUGACAGACCACUCUCGCGCGCGGGAACGCCUACGUUACGGAAGAGUGGGGAGAGAGUCAAGGUCGGAGCGCCGGCUACGCUUGGAGGACCGGCGUCGACGAUGAGCUCGAAGGGGCUCUCGAGGCCGGCUUCGAGCUCGAGUUUGGCGGGGAAGAGUAUCACGGGUGGAGUUGGUGCGGAGGCGACGGGAGGGAAGUCGGAGCAGGCUCAGCCGGCGAUCGCGGGGGGAGGAGGGUGGGGGUGGGGAAGUGUGUGGUCGAGUGCGUCGACGGUGUUACAACAGGCCAAGACGGUGGUGGAUGAGCAGGUUAAGAAUUUGCCAAAUAAUGAGAAGGCGAGAGCGUGGAGUGAGGGGAUGAUGGAGUAUGCGAAGAAUGCUCAGUUGGACAAACUUAGCAAGGAUUUCAGGAGAGUGGGAUUGUCGACAUUGACCGAUAUCUUGAACGCCGUGGCUCCCCCUAUUUCGGAACACGAGGUUAUCCAGGUCUGGUUGAGCCAUGAUAUGCAGGGCAUGGACGGUGUCGAGUCGCUCGUGUACAACGCUCUUGCUCGGAUAAUGGAACAAGUCGAAGGAGGCGACCUCGUCGUAAAUAAGGGCAACGAGUCCAAGCACAAAGAGUCCACCGAGACGAAACGUGAAAUGAAUGCCGUCGAAGGCUUCGAGCCCGCAUUAAAGCUCGCACAGGCCAACAUCGACGAAAUCAUAAUUACCAACAAAGCCCCAGCACCCACCACAGAAUCCACCGCCGAGAACCCAACGACUCAUUCCUACGUUUACCUCCGCAUCCAACCGUACACCACCUCCUUCAGCCUUCCAACCCCCACCCCAUCAACAGCAACCGAGGAAACCCUUAACACUCCGAGCGCGCCCAUCAACCACCUUCAAUUCGUAAUCCAACUCGUCGACCCAGGACACCAACUCACUCACACGACGGUCACACAAGCCGUUCCCGGUGCAUGGACCGAGCUUUGGGAAGAUUAUGAUUGGGUUGAGGAUCUAGUAGCGGAGUCGUUAAGGGUGGGUGUUGAGGUUGUGGGGCAGGAAUAUAUUGUGGCGAGAAUGGGGUGGGGGAAGAAGGAUAAGAGUGCGCUGGUUACGCAACCGAUUGAGGAGAGCGCUGAGCCGUCGGCGGAGGACGCUUGA